AUGAGGGCCAUUCACUUUUGCUACAUUUUUGCUAUUUCUUGCUUUCAGGUCGCGACUCUCGCAGCGGCAAACGGACCUGACGCCGACCCGGAAUACAAUCCAGCCUGGGGUCCAGCUUUUGAUACGAACACAUGCCCAGAGUAUUAUCUCAGGGAAACCGGCAACAAUUCAACAUUGACGAUCGAGCUCGUAGCUACUUGCUCCGAUGGAAGUGAUACCUCACAGUAUCGCACGAGCAGCUUGAACCUCGACCAAUGUUUGUAUAACGAAGAAGGGGAUCUCUUCUCUUCAGAGCCACAUGACUACUACACGGGUCCCUUUUCAAAGACAUGCCACAACUGCGGCCUCGCCUUUCUGUCGAUUGACGGAGAUACCGAAGGUGUCUAUCUCAGAUGCACCUGCUGGGUAGCUAUAGACGAUGAUCACACACCGAAGCAGAGCAUGUUUCGCCUGGGUAGGUCGAUCUACGUCAAGAACAGUACGCUCGGAUGCUUCGAGUUCACCGGGCAAACAAUCGACAACCCCCUACCCUACCAGAAUGUGACUCCUCCCGUGAGCAGCGUGACGACGGUUACAGCUACUGUGCUCGCCAACGUUACGAUCAGUCCAACAAUCAGCCCCCCACGCUUCACCAACAGCACCUCUAUACAACCCUCGACGGUCACUGUUACGAAAACCCACGUGAUGACACAGGAGCCAGUGACGCAGACGGCAACAGAAACCGUAGUAUCUCCCGUCACUAUCCUGGUGAGCAUCAAGGUCACAGAGACACCUACUCCUACCCCGAGAAUCAGCGCCAUCCUCUACACGACUGUCCAGGCAUCAUUUGUCACCUUUAACCCGAGCUCGGAUGGUGUUGGGUUUAGACGUCAUAUACAGGGUCUAUAA